CUUGUCAACGGUGACUCCGACGGGAAUGUGCGCUCAGUUUGUAGUGACAAAAAAGAAUUUCUAUUGCUAAAGACAAAUCGUUGUAAGAAUAAUACGUAUUCUAAUCCAAUUGAACCGUACAAUUCGCCUUGAGAAUUGCUGAGAGAUCUAAAAUCCAUAAUUUAAAGUUCAGUUGAUACACCAAGAUGGACAGACUACUACGAUUAGGCGGUGGAAUGCCAGGUUUGAAUCAAGGGCCACCACCCUCUGAUGCACCUGUUGUCGAUACAGCUGAACAGGUGUACAUAUCAUCCUUGGCCCUCUUGAAAAUGCUUAAGCACGGUCGUGCCGGAGUACCAAUGGAGGUGAUGGGUUUGAUGCUGGGAGAAUUUGUUGAUGAUUACACUGUGCGUGUUAUCGACGUCUUUGCUAUGCCACAAACAGGAACGGGUGUCAGUGUAGAAGCAGUUGAUCCAGUGUUCCAAGCAAAGAUGUUGGACAUGCUGAAACAGACUGGUCGACCAGAAAUGGUUGUUGGCUGGUAUCACUCUCACCCAGGAUUCGGCUGCUGGUUGUCCGGAGUAGACAUCAAUACUCAGCAAUCCUUUGAGGCUCUUAGUGAAAGAGCAGUUGCCGUUGUAAUUGAUCCUAUACAGUCGGUGAAAGGAAAAGUGGUCAUCGACGCAUUUAGAUUAAUUAAUCCGAACAUGAUGGUUCUGGGACAAGAACCAAGGCAAACAACGUCGAAUUUAGGCCAUUUACAGAAACCAUCUGUACAAGCCUUGAUACACGGAUUGAAUCGGCAUUACUACAGCAUUAGUAUUAACUAUCGUAAGAACGAAUUGGAGCAGAAGAUGCUGCUGAAUUUACAUAAAAAGACUUGGAUGGACGGCCUUACUCUUGCCGAAUAUUCGGAGCACAGUCGACUCAAUGAGAAUAUCGUUUCAGAGAUGCUUGAACUCGCGAAAAAUUAUAACAAGGCUUUGGAAGAGGAAGAAAAGAUGACGCCUGAACAAUUAGCCAUAAAGAAUGUGGGCAAGCAAGAUCCGAAACGGCAUCUCGAGGAGAAGGUCGAUACGCUAAUGGCUACAAAUAUCGUUCAGUGUUUGGGAGCUAUGCUCGAUACAGUUGUAUUCAAAUAACCGUUUUCCAAUACGUCGCUCGCAAUAUGACUGAACACCAGAACGAACUCUUCGCAGCUCUUGCAUGUGACAACCGGUACCUAAAAAAAGUCCAAGAUGGACACACAUGGUUCUAAU